AUGGCUGAUUCGGACGAAGAGUACGUUGGUGAAGUUUCCGACGAAGAAAACGAUGUCAAGGGUAUCCGAUAUGCCCGGGAAACGGCGCCUGUAUCCCGUCCUAAACGGAGAAAGCAGCGCGGGGGUGCUGAAUGGGAGGUUUCGAGGACUUGGGAGACCUUGGUCGAGGGUGCUGAUGGCACAAUCAGCUCUACUGUUGAAGGACUUUUAGAAGCCGGGAAAAGGAAGAGGCCGACGCGAUACCUUCUUUCCCUGCGAUAUGCACAAGAAUUCGUACGGGAAUUUUUUGAGCAGAAUCCCAUAUCCCAACUUGGCGUGCUUGGCUUGAGGGAUGGUCUUGCAAUCCGGGUCAGUGAUAUGAGUGGCAACCCUACGGAGCACAUCAGUGCUAUACAGGCUCUGAGGGAUCAUGACCCCAAGGGCCUUCCUAGCUUGCAGAACGGGCUUGAAAUGGCGCGUGGUGCUUUAUUGUGA